AUGGUUCUGACGACAUUGUAUGCUGCACCUGUCGUUCCAUGGUGGCUGGAAACAUAUGUCAUGUUGGACCUCUUUUCGGAAGACAACCUGGUCGGGAGGCUCAAAGUUGCGGUGAAGCAGGCUUUGAGCUUAGCAGGUGGCACCGGCAACCUAACUCAGGUCCUCGGAGAGCACCUCGCACAAACGAACCUAACAGGCAGCGGCGAGGACACUGCCCCACCUAACGCGCUAGUCGGUAAUGUAACAGACAGCAAUCUAGCACCACUUGGGUUCUUCCACCUCAAGGUUUCAAUCAUCCUUUCACCCUCACGAGGUCGUGCCGUCAGCAAUGAAAGCAUUGCUGGUGCCGCCAAAGUAGACAUCAACGACGUCUUUCUCACUUUCCAUAACGCCCUUCUCCAUGUCGCCCGAUUCCCUGCCGAAAGCCAGAUGCAGUCAUUUUCGAGUACCUCUUCGAGCGGAAACUUGCAUCUGCAUGUGCAGCAGACUCAGGUCGGUUGUCAGGAGAGACCAAGGGUAGAGGCGCAUCUUCGUAGUCUAUUCUACAAUGGUCCAACGAUAAGGGUACGCUGA